CUCGCAGCGAGUGCAUCAACACUGCCCUCUCCGCCAUGGCUCUCUUCGCAACACAUGCCGCCCCGGCUGCGGUCGCCGCGCCCGUCGAGCACCGCUUCAGCCCAUACGACGACAAUGGCGGCUCGAUCCUCGCGAUUGCCGGCGCCGACUUCACCGUGAUUGCAGGCGACACGCGCCAGACGCAGGGAUACUCUAUCCAGACGCGCUACGCCCAGAAGGUGUUCCAGCUCACCGACACAACAGUGCUGGCGGUUAACGGGUUUGCGGCGGACGGCAACAACUUUGUCAAGCGGGUCAAGCAGAAGCUCGAGUGGUACGAGGCGGCACACCACAAGCAGAUGGGGAUCAAGAGCAUUGCGCGCAUGAUCCAGACGAUGCUGUACGGCAAGCGUUUCUUCCCGUACUACGUGUACAACAUUCUCGGCGGCAUCGAAGAGGACGGGACUGGGGCGGUGUACUCGUUCGACCCGGUGGGCAGCUACGAGCGCGAGGCGUGCCGCGCGGCGGGCGCCGCGCAGUCGCUCAUCCAGCCCUUCCUCGACAACCAGAUCUACUUCAAGAACAUGACGUUCCCGGCGGGCGAGAAGCCUGUGCCCGGAAACCUGCCGCUGUCGACGGUGCUGGGCCUCGUCAUCGACAGCUUUACGAGCGCGACCGAGCGGCACAUCGAGGUCGGCGACGGGCUCGAGAUGUACGUCGUGAUGAACAAGGGGCGGGGCACGGAGGACCUGCUCGCCGCCGGCGUGCUGCCGGACGGCGUGAGCAUCGAAGAGGUGCCGCCGCUCGGCGAGGGCGGCGGCGAGCGCACGUUCAAGAUCUACCGCAGCCUCAAGCGCGACUAGGCAGGCAGAACAUAGAGCAGUACAGAGGUACAGAGAGCAGCAUGCAUGUAACGAUACUCGACCCAGGC